GUUUCCGCUUGGAAGAUCGCGGUGUACUCUUACCAUAGCCGCGGGCGCUUGUGCCUCGCCGUCGUGACUCUCAUUUCGCCGACACGCCCACACAGUGCGCUCUUCAACACCCCAUAUGCACCGAAAGGACCGUCCCUGGAGUGCCUAUUUGCGACAGCGCAGUCGACAAGUCUGACUCGGCAUACGCCGCGUCGGUCUCGGGACCGACGCCAUCACCGCAUCCCGCCGUUCCGGGCCUGCGGGGAGAGCGCAUCACCCGCCAAGUGUGUCUAUAUAUGGAAUUCGACGGCGCUCCUUCGCGUACACGUGCUUUUUUAUCCGUGGCGACCGUCUCAUGACUUUGCGUGCGCACUGCGCAGCGUCGAUUCAUCGCGGGAUACCUUUCGCGUCGUGUUCCCCUGGCACGGGGAGCGUUGGCCGUGCGCCCACUUCGCCGGACGUUGCCCACGCCAGGCGUGUACCCAGGUACUGGGCAAGAGUAUAAAAAGAGGGCGAGGGAGGGCGAUGGAACGGCAGACAGCUCUCGCAGUCGACCCCCUCGUUUUUCUCUCUCUCUCCGUCCUCUCGUCUCCGUCAUCACCGUGUGGCAAUGGCCCGCUUUUCUGCCCUCGUCGCGUUCGUCGCACUCGGUGCCGCCGUCGGCGUGACGGCGCAGGAGCCCAACUGCGCCAGGAACUACACCGUCCAGCUCGGCGACACCUGCAACAGCAUCGCCGCCGCCCAGAACGUGCCGACGCUGCAACUCGAGGAGGUGAACGCGGACAAGAUCGACGCGGACUGCUCCAACCUCGCCCUGGGAGAGCCUCUGUGCUUGGGCAUCAUCGGCCAGGACUGCAACGUGACGCAUGUUGUCGCGAGCGGCGACACCUGCAGCUCGAUCGCGGGAGCCGCUGGGAUCAAGUUUAGCCUUCUUCUCACCAACAACCCGAACAUCGACGACAACUGCGACAACAUCGGCAUCGGCGAGGUCCUUUGCACGGCCAACACGACGAUCGUCCAGUAAUUAGUUGUGGGGCUUGUGGAUGUGGGACUUCCGUACGCGCGAGUUGUACGGUCAAGGCGCUGUCUCGUGUAUUGCUACGCUCGCGAACAAUUGGCGGGCGGGCCUGUUUUUGGAUAUCAGUAUGCCGCCCGAUCGGACCUAUUUUGUGAAAGCGCCUGGUAAGGACCGGUUUCUCCACUAAGCGUAUAAAGUGCGUGGCUAUUCCAGACCGACUUGGGGAUAUAUAUAUACGCUGCAUCUCACGCUGGAUGGUCUUUGGUACUCAUAACAACACGACCUACUAGAGUGGGCAACUUUCGACGCC